CCCGACAUGGGGGAAUAGGCAAAUACUGGGAUUCUGUGUCGGUCAGCGUGGCUCGUGUCCCGUGCCGGGGGUCUCCUGUGUGUGAGGACAGGGCGAUGCGGGCGGUGGGCUCUGUCACACCAGCUCACAGCACCGCGCCCGGGCCCGUUCCCGGAGGGCGGAGCGCUGGUCCCGGUGCGGCCCAUGGGGGGCCGGCCGUGCCCGGCCCGGGGGCGGUGCCGCGGGGCCGCCCCGGCGCGGCGGGGCCCGGCCCGCAGAGCCCCAGCGCCGCCGCCAUGAGCAGCGCGGAGCCGCCGCUCGGCGCCGGGCCGCGGGCAGCGCCCGCCUGGCAGCGGGAGAUCCUGGAGCGCAAGCGGGCCAAGCUGGCCGGGGCGGGCGGCGAGCCCGAGCCCCCGGCCGGGGAGCGGCUGGUGGUGGCGGAGAGCCUGGGCCCGCUCCGGGAGAACCCCUUCAUGCGGCUGGAGAGCGAGCGGCGCCGGCUGCGGCAGGGGCGGCCCGGGCCCGGCGGCGCGGCGCGGCCGCUGCAGCAGCUGCUGGAGCUGUACAGCGCCGUGCCCGGCAUCCGCACCAUCCGCGCCGACAACAUCCUCAUCAUCGAGUCCCGCUCCGACCCCGCCGCUUGCUUCGCCGCGGGGGACGCUCCGCCCGCCCGCCGCCGGGACCCGGCCGGCACCGACCCGCUGCGGGAGCUGCUGGCCCGGCGCGGCGCCGCGCUCGCCGAGAUCCGCGCCGAACAGGUCGUCAUCUACGAGACGGCCGAGCCGCCGGAGCCGCCCGAGGCGGCCGAGCCGGGCACCGUCAGCCGCCUCCUGGAGAAGUUCGGGCAGCGGCCGCGGGGCCGCCGUCGCCGCGUUGGGGACGCGCUGACCGGGACCGGCGGGGCCGCGGCUCCGCCGCAGGUGGGACCGGGCGCUGCCCGGGCCGCGCCGCCCGCUCCGCCCGCGGGGCCCGGCUCCCCCCGCUCCCCCGCGCCCCUCCACAAGGGACCCGGCUUCCCCCGGGCUCCGGCGCCAAAGGCGGGACCGGCAUCUCCGCCGGCGGUCCCGGCCACCCCUCCGCCGCUCCCGGCUCCCCCCCGGGCCGCCACCCCGCCCGCGGUGCCGGUGGCCCCCCAGCCCACGGUCCUGCAGCCGGCUCCCCCCCGGGCUGUCACCCCUCCGCCCACGGCACCCCCUCCCCGGGCUGCGGUGCCCCCGGCCCCCAAGGCUGCGGCCCCUCAGGCCAACUGCUUUCUCCACAAGAUCAGCUCCAACUCCUUCACGGUCACUCCUCGGGGGCAGCCCCCCAGCACCCGCGUCCCCGAGCCCGGUGCUGUCCCCGCCGGCCGCCCCGCGACGCCCAAGGGGCCACCAGUGCCAUCCACCAGCCCUUCCCAUGCCAGAGCCAACGCCAGGAGGCCAAAGCCGGAGGAGGCCGAAGCGGCCGUGUCGCCCCUGCCCAGUGCCAGUCCGGCCCCCAGUGCCACUCGGCCGCUCUCCGCCUCAGCCCCGCGGGCCGGGGGCUCCUUCGAAAUCCACCCGGCCCCCAAGCCCGACUUGGCGGCCAUCCCAGCCCACGACCUGCAGGCACAGGCUCUGGCCAAGCUGCGCCUGAAUUCGCGCAAUUCCUUCGUCUUCGUGCCCCGCCGGGAGGGCAGCCCGGCUCAGCCCCAGAUUGCCAGGCCAGGCCCAGCGCCCUCGGAGGAGAAGGCACCCCAGGAGCCUCCCAGGGCCUCCGCCCCGGAGCAGGAAGAGCCCAUCACUUCCCCAGCGGCGCCUCUGGAUCCCUUGGUACCUGUGACUUACAUCGAUGACAUUGUGGAGCCGGACAGCGGGGAGCUUCUUCCCAGGGCUGGCCCAGCUGCCAGGACGGGGAGCUUGGCGAACCAGCCCGGAGGAGCUGGCCCUGACCUGGAGAUGGAGAUUUCCUCCGUGCCCCUCUACAGACCACACUCUGCCCCCCAGCAGAGGGGAGGCAGCACCUUCACUGUCGUGCCCAAAAGGAAACCCGUGGCCCCGGGGCUGCAGGCUCUCGCCGAUGCCAGCGGAAGGCCACAGCGGGAGGAAGAGGAGGAGGAAGAGGACAGCAAAGGAAGAGGCAAAGCCGUGGAGAACGCUGAUGGGCCCCAAGUGGGGAUAUCUCAUAAAAAGCGCUACCCCACGGUGAACGAGAUUGAAGUGAUCGGGGGGUACCUGUCCCUGGAGAGGUCCUGCAUGAGCAAGACGGGCUCGCGCCGCAAGAAGAUGAAGAUCUCUUUCAACGAGACGAGUUUGCAGACGAUGUUUGAGUACCCCUCAGAGAGCUCCCUGGCAGAAGAGGAUGAGGAAGAGGAAGGACACGCUUCUGAAACAGAGGAGGAAAAAUCUCGUACCUUUUAUGUUCCACGCCCAAACAGCACUUUGCAUCCCAGUACACCUAACUCAGCAGAUUUAUCCAGCUACACCCCAAAGCACUCUGUGAAGUUCAGUGAGUGGCAGGAGCAGAAGUAUGAGGGUCCUGCUGCAGAGGGACCCCUCCCAAAGGAAGCUGAUGCCCAUGGGAACCAAGUCAUGCUCACCCCGGCGGAGAAGGGCGGUCUCUCGGAUUUCAGCAGCGAGCCCGCGCUCUAUUUCUGAGGCUGCUCCGCGGUGCCUGCUCAGCUGGGCAGGACAGGAACCGCCACCCAAACCGCCCCCAAACCGCGGCUUUCCCCGGAUCCUGCUGCCAAGGCUGCAACACCUGCUCUCGGGCAUCUUCAGAGAAUAUUUGCACUGGAUUUUGGGACCCAAUUACUGCUUUCAAGGCGUAUGAUUUAUUCUGCCUGUGGCCUUGCAUAUUCCUUGUUCAAGAUCAGCUGCCGGUUAGGCAAGUGUGGGAAGGACAUCUGUAAUCCUGGGGUGGAUGUUGAUUUUUCUUAGUGCUAAUCUGAGUCCAGGCACUGUGCAGGGUCUGGACAGCUUUUGUAACCCUUCUCCCCAGUGGAGGAUGGCUCUGGAGUUGGAGCUCUGGGCAGCAAGGCAGGUUCACAGCGUGGCUGUGAUUUGACACACUGGGUGUCAUUGAAGCUUCAGGGUUUGUCCUUUGCAUGUUUCUGGCUCUGGUUUCACUGAAACAUCAUGGAAUUCAUGUGCCAUGAGUUAUGCCAUGAAAAAAGCCAGUUACAUGCUUAUGGAGUUCACUGAGAACACCCUGAGGGAGGGAUGGGAAGAGCAAUGAAUGCUUUUAGCUUUAGGUGUUAUUUUUGCACCAAUGAGUAGGAAAAUGUCCAGAUUGUUUUGAGCCUCUUGAAGACUUCCAAACAUUGGCCAUAGCUUUGGUCUGUUCUUCCCAACUCUGGCAUCCAGUCUCUGGGAAUUGCUGGUUGUGCUCCAGUUUGCCAGCUCCUCUUGUUGCUUUGUCCCAGAUGUGAUUGAUCUCUCUUGGUUGCUUCCUUCAAGCCACACUUGCUCUGCUCCUCUAAUCAAAGCACAGGAGGGCAGUUUCACUCCUUUCUUCUGCAGAACUUGAACAAGGAAUGUGGGUUAUUUUUGUUUUUUCUAGGAUUUUUAUAGUUCUAUUGUAAUUGUUUAAUGCAGCCAAUAUGCAAAGGACUCUGCUAGAAUCUUCCAUUCAAGUUUUCUACUACUGUAAACUCAGGGUCAAAAUUGCACUCUGGAACAGAUGGAGCAGUGCUGCUAAUGAGAU